AUGGCUGAGAUCAAUUUCUUAUGUGUUCAUAAGAAGCUUCGCUCUAAGAGACUUGCCCCUGUUAUGAUUAAGGAGGUUACAAGGAGGGUUCAUUUAGAGAAUAUUUGGCAAGCUGCUUAUACUGCUGGAGUGGUUCUUCCAACACCAAUAACAACCUGUCAGUAUUGGCACAGGUCUUUGAACCCGAAGAAGCUUAUUGAUGUUGGCUUUUCGAGGCUUGGUGCGAGGAUGACAAUGAGCCGGACAAUAAAACUUUACAAGUUACCAGAUUCCCCUGCUACCCCUGGAUUUAGAAAAAUGGAACUCCGUGAUAUACCUGCUGUUACAAGGUUGCUAAGAAAUUACUUGAGCCAGUUUGUUGUUGCACCGGAUUUUGAUGAUAAUGAUGUGGAGCACUGGCUUCUUCCAACUGAGAAUGUGGUUGAUAGCUACUUGGUUGAGAGCCCAGAGACUCAUGAGAUCACUGACUUCUGCAGCUUCUAUACUCUUCCAUCCUCUAUCCUUGGCAACCAGAAUUACUCAACAUUGAAAGCUGCCUAUUCAUAUUACAAUGUUAGCACGAAGACUCCAUUGCUUCAGUUAAUGAAUGAUGCACUGAUUGUUGCCAAGCAGAAGGAUUUUGAUGUUUUUAAUGCAUUGGAUGUCAUGCAUAAUGAGUCUUUCCUGAAAGAACUGAAAUUUGGACCAGGUGAUGGGCAACUACACUACUAUCUUUACAAUUACCGCAUGCGGCAUGCCAUGAGACCUUCGGAAUUAGGGCUUGUACUGUUGUAG